CGGCGGGCGCAAAGAGUCCAUAGUGCUCACGGGGGAUCUGGAGCCCGUCAGGUCCAAACUGCCCUCCAAUUUGUGAGGACUCCUGCAGGAGCUGCCUGUGCCAGCUCUGCCCUUCAGUUCCUGAUGAGUUCACCGAGCGAUUUUUUCCUUUCCUUCCCCUUCUGCGCCACUCCUGCUUUGUUUUCUUUUGUUUCCCCUCCAUUUCUUUUGAUUAGGUUUAACUGUGCUUAGAAACAAAGGAAAAAAAAAACACAUGAAAAACAACGGGAAAAAAAAAAA